AUGGACUUGAGAAACUUGAUAUCUAGAACGAGCGACGAUGAGAGUUCUGGGCCUAACGGACCGCAGGCCCAAUUGAGCAAAAGGGCUUCUCAGCCCCGACUUUCGAUUCACAGCUUAAUGAACGAUAACGACAAUGAAAAGAACAGGGCCAACGACAUGGAUAAUGACAAAGAGAAUAAUGUAAAGGCAGAUACCAAGGAAGAAAUUGCCCUUCCCAAUGCAUCACAGGGCGCCAAUAAAGAUGCUUCAAACUCCGGACCACCAAUACCGAAACCUACAGGAUCUACAUCCGAACAUGAGGUGCCAACGAUAGAACAAAAACCAGCUCCGUUUUUGCCAUCCGAUGCAACUGGUAUCAAUGUGGAUCUGAUAGAAAAAGGCGAGCAAGAAAGCAUGAGAGAAGAGCCUUCUUUCCAGACUACGAACACAACUGAGGCGGAAGAGCAGGAAAAUUUCAAGGAUGAUUCGAAACACGAAUCCGGAGACGACUCUGCUCGCAUAAAAAGUAGAAAUAGCAUCAGUGCAUUGACUAACGUCAGCGUUAAUGAGACGGUGGCGCACAAACCUCCCUUACCAGAUACGAGACUCCCUAAACAAGAGAAUGAGGUUGUCAGCGGUCCUCCCAGUACUAAUGAUAUUAUUGGCAAAGAAGACAGAAAGGCUGUUGAAGAAAUGGACAGCAAAAGCCAGAAAGAAACACCUGAAAAAUCACUUCAUGAACAGAUACAGAAACUCGAAGAUCUUAAAAAGAAAGAAGACGUCGAGGCGGUUGCAGAUGGCAAACCAAAAAGGUAUAAAAAUAAACCCACAUGGGCUCAAGACUAUAUACCAUCAUUCAACCAGCCGGCAUCUGCUGGAUCCAAUGGUUACCAAAGUUUCAAAGGUGAUGUUUCCCUUAAUAAUAUCUCUAAACUCUCUGUUCCUUCCAUCACAGGAUCCAUUCCAAGAAAUGACUUCAAUAAGCUAGUCACUGAAUGGAUAUGGGCAAACGUAGAAGGUGUUAAACAAGAUUACCUUGAUAUACCUAAUGUUGAAGAUUACAUCGAAAUAGAGUCCAAAGUGGGGAAUAUUUGGGAUAAGGUGAAGGAUAGACGUAUCCAAUUACCUGUGAACACCGAGUGUGUGGUUGCAACAGAUUACGUGAACCAAGAGUGUUUUUUCAAGCCCGGAAUCACGCUGGAGAACUACAAUGAUACCAAAUCUUUCAUCAGUAAGUUGAUUCAAGAAGCCGCUGAACAGCAACAACAAGGUAAGGGCGACCCUAGUAAUAAGUUCAUUAUUGAAAACUCUCAUGUUGUUGACUUGAUUGCCAGUGAUUCCCGUCGUGGCGACAAGCCAAUUUCAGGAAGAGUUAGUCUAGACAUCAAGACUAAAAGAAAAACCAAUAGUAUUUCCAAACAACGUAUCUCUGACUUGUAUUUACACUUUCCAAAUACUCUUUUCGAUGUGCGUAUGAGCUUGUCGGUGGAACUUCCGAAGGACCUCAAUGACGCUGCUUUCGAGAUUUUCAAAAAGCGUGUUACCAUGGAAAGAGAAAAGGAAAGAGUCAGUUACAUCCACCAGGCCACUUCUACGAGAAUAGAUUUGACGAAAGUCAGAGAGAAAAACAAUCGUAUACCGAAAUACGAGCUUGAAUUAGAAAUAAACACUCCUGCGUUGCUUCGGAGCAUGCGUAAUGUGAUGGAUGAUCCUUUGUACUAUAUGGAUUUGAUUUACGGUUUGAUCUGGUCCUUUUCCCACAAACCUCGUGCCCCAUUUACAUCGGAAUUGAGUUACACCACCAAUGAUGAUGACCAUAAGGCUUACAAAUUACCGAGAUUUAAUUCAGCGCCAAAGGAUGAUAUAAUACUUUCUGUAGUUGUGCCAUGCUUCAAUGAAACUUCAAGAUUGAAAAUUAUGCUUCAGGAGGCAAUUUCGUACAUGGAAGCUCAGCAUGAAAAUAACAAGUUGCAAAAAUCUUUUGAAAUACUUAUAGUCGACGACGGAUCAAAAGAUGAUACUUCUAAUUAUGCAAUAAACUUGGCCAAAGAAUUCAAUUUACCACCUCAUACACUUCGUGUGAUAAAAUUUGAGAAAAAUAGAGGUAAAGGUGGAGCAGUUACUCACGGAAUGCAAUGUGCUAGGGGUUCAUACAUUAUAUUUGCAGAUGCAGAUGGGGCCUCUAAGUUUUCUGAUGUAAGCAAGCUCUUGAGAGCAAUUCAAAAAUUAGACCAUAACAAACCACUUGAAAUUCCAGCGGUUGCUAUUGGCUCUAGAGCUCAUAUGGUGAACACAGAUGCAGUGGUGAAAAGGGCUUUCAUAAGAAAUCUUUUGAUGUAUGGACUUCACACUCUCGUUUUCAUAUUUGGCAUAAGGGAUAUAAAAGAUACACAAUGUGGAUUUAAACUGUUUAAUAAAGCAGCAGCGGAGAUGAUUUUUCCAAACAUGCACACAGAGGGCUGGAUUUUUGAUGUUGAGCUUCUCAUCCUUGCAAAUAGACAACACAUUCCAAUUGAGGAAAUUGCAAUUAAUUGGCAUGAAGUUGACGGUUCUAAAAUGGUUCUUGCAAGAGAUUCUGUAAAUAUGGCGAUCGAUCUCGUUGUCACUAGAAUGGCCAUCUCACAAUAUAUGAAAAAGGACAUUGAAAAGGUGGCCACGCUCUUUUACCCAUUACGGAAGCUGAUGGAAGGUACUUUAAAGGCUCCCUCGGAAAUUCCAAGCUACCGGAUAGAAAGUGGAAUUCGUCAUGUCCAGCCCUAUUUCCAACAUAUAAAGACUACUGUGAAAAGCAGAUGGCUGAAUAGAUCUGUGCUAGACGUUCUCUCAACUGAAUUCAGAUCCUUCAGUAUAUCGCAAUACCGAAGUCGUAUGGAAAAAAAUGAGAUUAGUGUCCUUCAUAGACAAAAAUUAACAAAAAAAGAAAGAAAAGAAAGAUGCAAGGAUAAUUUACGGACAGAUGAUCGAAUAGUGAUACGCUAUCCAGAAAUUCUGAAAUAUAAGAUGGCAGAUAAUGAUAUUAUUGAAAGAUUGGAGCACAUACAUGAAAGGUCUGUUUGUGCGACUAGGGCCCAAGAACUUGAGGUCAUACAUGAAGAUGAUGAAGUGCUAGUGGUGAGUAAGCCCAGCGGAAUACCUAUUCAUCCUGUCCAAAACUACUAUUACAACUCUUUUGUCCAGAUUUUGCAAAUAGAAGGUUGGCCCGGAAGGAAGGAGGAAUCAAAAGAUAUUCAGCUGAGACCAUGUCAUCGCUUAGACAAGUUAACCAGUGGAAUAUGCAUGUUUGCCAAAUCUGCCGAAGCAGCACGAAAGAUUCAGACAAAGAUUCAAGAUAGGACCGUUGAAAAGACAUAUUUAGCCCGUGUCAAAGGAAAGUUCCCUGGUGUGGUGAAUAUGGGUCAAAUUGACCAAGGAGAGGACAUAAAAUGUUGUGAUGACAUUGUCGUUUUCGAUACCAAGAAGGGUAAAAAUGACGGGGUAAUGAAGAAAACUGCUAUGACUGUGUUUCGAUCUUUAAAGUACAACAAAGAGUUGGAUGAAAGUAUUGUCAUGUGCUGGCCUAAAACAGGGAGAACCCAUCAAAUACGAAUCCACUUACGAAAUAUGCGUCAUCCCAUAGUAAAUGACCCGCUAUAUGGAUUUAAUAGAUUGCUGUGCCUAGAAAAUAUUGGUGGUGAUACCAGUAACAUUUCUGAUGAAUACUUUCAAAGGAUUGAGAAGCAAGCUGCAGAAAAGAGAUCUGAAGCCGAGUCUGGUGAAUCGUGCCAUUUUUGCGAAGGAAAGCUAUACACUCAAACUGAGAAGGACGAUUUGAUAAUGUACCUUCAUGCAUACAAGUAUCAGCUGGAUGCAGAAUCUGGAUGGCAGUAUCAGACUAAGUGGCCCGAGUGGUGUAAUAUAUAA